GGCUUGCUUUCUAACAUUUCAAUUUUUGAAGCAUGUACAUUAAUUUUGAUAUCUAUUUAAAGGUAAUGAACCCCCUGGACGCCAUUUGCAACGUCCCCCGAAACGACGCAGUGUGCGUGAGCAACCUGAAAUCGGCCAAACCUAUUGAUAAGGCCAUUCUGCAGGAAAGGCCUGACGUCAAGAUCUUUCUGCCCUUCCGAUUUCACGUCUACAAGCCCAAGGAUUUAUUCAAGGAGAACAUUUACAAAAAUUAUUUAGUGGCCCCCGGCGGCGACCACGUGCUCAGCCUUGUCGACGAGAUAUCCUACAGCGCGCCGCCGGCGCCGCCGCUCUCGCAGAUGCAUGAGCUUUCUCCGGAGCUGUUCUGCAACGGCGACAACCGUCCCGCUGACUGCCCAGUCGACUGUCGCUGCACACAUAUGAUCGACGUGCCCCUCAAUUCUAUAGUCGAGAUUGUCAUUGUUGAUGAAGUACAAGCGCCGAAUCUUUCUCACCCGUUCCACCUUCACGGGACAAGUUACAACGUCAUCGGUAUGGGCCGGUCUCCGGACAAGAACAUCAAGAAGAUCAACCUGAAACAUGCCCUGGACCUUGAUCGGAAAGGUCUGCUGCAUCGGCAGUACAAUAGCCCGCCCUUGAAGGAUACCUUGGCCGUGCCCAACAAUGGUUACAUAGUGCUGAGGCUAAAGGCUGAUAAUCCUGGAUAUUGGUUGUUCCACUGCCACUUCAUAUACCACAUAGUAAUCGGGAUGGGCUUAAUAUUGCACGUGGGGACACAAGGAGACUUGCCCCCUAUACCAUCAAACUUCCCUCGCUGCGGCAACCACCUCCCCACCAUCUCGCCUCCGCUCUUCCCCAUACACUGAUGGUCACCAUCACAGAUAACCGUUAUACCAUUCGAUCUCACUGAAUGUGAAUGGAUUAAAUCAAUUUUUAAACAAGCAGAUACGUCUGCGAGCGAUAUUCCAAACUUUAUAUUAAAGGAAAA